GGCCGGGCGCCGACUGGGGCCGCCGGCUCCUCGCAACUCGGUGCCAGCGAAGUCAGCAACAGGUGGCCCCGGCAGAGGGGAGGGAGGGGGGGAGUGUCAGGCUGCUCGUCGCGGUGCAAGGGGAUUGCCGUGAGGUUGACGGGAGGAUCGUUGAGCCGGGCAGCGGCUGCUGAGCCCCAUGAUGAGGGGCCGCAGUAACUCCGGGGUGCGGUUGGACUAUUACGCCCGGCUAGUGAGCAACACCAUCCUGUGCCAUCAGAAUUCUGUAACUGGAUUACUGCCUGCCGCUGCUGAUCAGCAGAAUGCUUGGGUGCGUGAUAACGUGUACAGCAUCCUGGCUGUCUGGGGUUUGGGAAUGGCCUAUCGUAAAAACGCAGAUCGUGACGAGGAUAAAGCAAAAGCUUAUGAGCUCGAGCAGAGUGUGGUGAAACUGAUGCGUGGAUUGCUGCACUGUAUGAUGAAACAGAUGAUUAAAGUUGAACAUUUUAAGAAGUCCUUAAGCACAAAGGAUGCACUUCAUGCAAAAUAUGAUAAUGCAACAGGUGACACAGUGGUUGAUGAUGAUAAAUGGGGUCACCUGCAGAUAGAUGCCACCUCCCUUUAUCUGCUUUAUCUUGCACAAAUGACUGCAUCAGGGCUUCAUAUAAUUUUUACCUUGGAUGAAGUGAAUUUUAUACAGAAUCUUGUAUUUUAUAUCGAAGUAGCGUACAAAGUUGCAGACUAUGGGAUGUGGGAACGUGGUGACAAGACGAACAGAGGAAUUCCAGAACUUAAUGCCAGUUCUGUAGGUAUGGCCAAAGCAGCUCUGGAAGCAUUGGAUGAAUUGAACCUUUUUGGUGCUAAUGGAGGCCCUAAAUCAGUCAUUCACGUCAUGGCUGACGAAGUGCAGCUUUGCCAAUUUAUUCUGCAAUCAAUGUUGCCAAGGGCAUCACCAUCCAAAGAGAUUGAUGCUGGUCUUCUCUCAGUUAUCUCCUUUCCUGCUUUUGCAGUAGAAGACAUUGAGCUUGUCGAGUUAACUAAACAAGAGAUUAUCACAAAGCUACAAGGUCGUUAUGGCUGCUGCCGGUUUCUUAGAGAUGGUUAUAAAACUCCAAUUGAGGACCCCACCAGACUUCAUUAUGAAAAUGCAGAACUGAGACAGUUUGAGAACUUAGAAUGUGAAUGGCCAUUGUUCUGGACGUAUAUGAUACUUGAUGGAUUGUUCAAUAAAAACCUACAGCAGGUUGAAGAGUACAGGGAAGCUUUGCAUUCCGUUCUUGUCCUGCGCCCUGGCGGUAUCCAUUUAGUACCAGAACUUUAUGCUGUUCCAGCUGAAAAGAUGGCCGAAGAGUCCCAAAACCCUCACACUGUUUCAAGGGUCUACAUGGGGAAGUUGCCACACAUGUGGGGACAAUCUUUGUAUAUACUAGGAAACCUUGUCUCGGAGGGAUUUCUUGCUGCUGGUGAAAUUGAUCCAUUGAACAGAAGGUUUUCAACUAUUCCUAGACCAGACGUUGUAGUACAAGUGGCAAUAAUAGCAGAAACAGAAAAAAUAAAGAAAGUAUUGGGGAAGCAUGGAAUCGACGUUGAAACUGUAACUGAAAUUAUGCCGAUCCGUGUACAGCCGGCUCGUGUUCUUUCUCAGAUCUAUGCAAGACUAGGUUGCAAUAAGAGAAUGGCAUUAAGUGGUCGGCCUUACCGGCACAUGGGUAUUCUUGGCACAUCAAAAUUGUACCUUGUAAGGGAUGAGAUCUUUGCUUUCACUCCACAGUUUGUUGAUCAGCAGCAGUUCUACCUUGCCCUUGAUAAUCGCAUGAUCGUUGAUAUGCUUCGAACAGAGUUAUCAUUUUUAUGUCGUUGCUGGAGAAAGACUGGGCGGCCCAUUGUAACAUUUCCAAUUCUACAGUCCAUGCUCAUUGAUGAUGGGACCAGUUUGGAUCCAUAUGUUCUGUCAACAUUAAGGAAACUCCAAGAUGGGUACUUUGGAGGAGCCAGAGUUCAUGCAGCCAAUGUUUCAACGUUGUUGGUAACUUCAUGCUGCACGCGACUCAGUUUUAUGGAUCUUGGACCUGAUGGUAAGACUGUUGAAGACUCGUUUGAUUCAUUCUAUCAACUGCAUUCAGCAACAAAUCUGCAUGAUUUAAUCGACUUAGACCUUGAACACCGGGAUGAGCUAACUGUGUACUUAAACAAACUGCUUGAGAAGAAGGAAACAAAAACUGCUCUGCUGUCAUCUGGAAAGAAAACGAGUCUGCAUCGAUUCCGUGCCGCUGCACAUGCUACACGGGACGUCGUGUCUCUGGCACAAAAAGCAAAGGAACUUGGCAUCCAAAAUGUCUCUUUAUAUCUACGCAAUAGCUUGUUAACUGAAUCAGGUUACAAACUUAAUAUUGCCACACCAUCCUCAACCCCAGAUGCUCCAGAGCUUUCAGCAAUGAACAUAAAAGACUUGCCGACAGAUAAGUCUGGUGAAGUAGACUGCAAGGCCUUGAUGGAAUUGUUGAAGAAGUGUUCAAGCUUGCAAGAACAGGUUGAAAUAAUCCACUUAAUCUAUGUCACAAAGGGUAUAGAUUGGAAUAUAGAGCAUGAUGAAUAUCCUGAAAUGACCGUCUAUGAUGUCUUAAUGGAAUUGUACACAAAAGCUGGCAAUGAACAAAACUGGGGACUAAUCCGUUAUAUUUCUGGUAUGCUCCAUAAAAAGGUGGAAGAACUUGAUGAGGCGUGUACAACUCUUUUGUCAAAUCAGAAGCACCUAACUGUUGGCCUUCCUCCCGAACCACGAGAGAGAACAAUUACAGCACCCUUGCCUUAUGACGAACUUACUAAACUGAUUGAAGAAGCUAGUGAUAACGAUCACAGUUUGUUCAUCCUCACACAGGAAGUCAUGGUUUAUCUAGCAAUGUAUGCAAGGACGGAACCAAAUUUGUUUGCUGAAAUGUUCCGACUGCGUAUUGGAUUAAUUAUUCAAGUCAUGGCAACUGAAAUGGCCAAUUGUCUCAAAUAUUCAGAUAAAGCAGGAACUCAAAGUUUAAUGUCUGUGAAACCUUCUGACCUGAAGACACUUCUUCACCAUAUCCUCAGUGGAAAGGAAUUUUCAGUUGAAGAAAACAUUGAUCAAUCUACAAGGACAAUGAUUUCUAUCCAUGAUGUGGAUCACACUGGAGCAACAAAAAGUGAGAGAGCUGGAAUUAGUAAACUGAAGGUCGAGAUGAUGCAGAUGGAUAAGCGUAAAUUUUCUGCUGGUCUAAUCAAUACUGAGACGGGAACUUUCAAGCUGAACGAUUCUGAUGAACUACAUGAGGCACUUAGGCAGUCCCUAAUAUCAUCGGAACUUAUUUCUUCUGAGGAAUUGGAUGUUGGUGAUUUUGUUGAUGUACGCCAUGGACAGUGGUUGCGGCGAAGGCGCAUUGAUGGUGCACUCAACAGAGUCCCCAUUGGUUUUUAUCAAAGAGUUUGGAAAAUGUUACAAAAGUGUAAAGGACUGUCGAUUGAAAAUUAUGUUCUCCAUUCAUCUACAACAGAAGAGAUGACUCCGGGUGAAAUUAAGUUUGCUGUUCAAGUGGAGACUUUCCUAAAUUGUGUGCCACAGCCAGAAUAUCGGCAACUUCUUGUGGAGACAAUCCUGGUCCUGACUAUGCUGGUGGACAUAGAUUUACAGUACAUUAGUAGAACAAUUCACAUUGAACGCAUUGCACAAAUGGCAAAUAGCAUAUUUAUGGCAGAACAGACGGCUUUGGGAGCAGACGAUGAAAUGCUGGAGAAGGAUCCUGCCACUGGAAUUUGCAGUUUGCUGUAUGACAGUGCUCCAAGCGGUCGCUUUGGCACCAUGACUUAUCUUUUGAAGGCCACAGCAAUAUAUAUCGAAGAUUUCUUACCAGCAGAUGGGUGCCAAGUUCAAUGAGCUGAUCAUUAAAUUGAUUGGCUCAAAUUAAAUUACAAGACUUGAGUACCAAGAAGUGCAGUAAAUUGCAUUAAAAUUGGAUGUUAUGGGACACUAUUACUCCAGAAACUUUGUCCAUGUUGUCACUCAGUUGCAAAGACAAAAUGACUUUGAAUGAAAUACUUAAAUGACCUAGUGUAUUUUUUAAAAUCCCUUUUUAGUAGAGAUUGCGGAUGAUCUGGGAUUUUAUAUAAAUCUUUUAAGGUGAACGAGUAAAUGCAGAAAAGUUGCAUCAUUAAAUAAAGCAAAAUUUCAUGCAUGGCUUUGUUGCAGCCUUUCAGGCGAUCUGCUAAGGAAUAACUAAGGAAUAUCAAGCUCUGUAUAAACUCAUUGGGACUAAAAGUGUGACACAUGACAUGAAAACUAUAUAUUUUUGAUGUAUAAUAUAUUUUAACAGUAAAAUUACUUCAGCAUCACUUCUCAUAAUGUUUUCUGUGUAGCAUGACACUGAAUUUGCAUUAAGAAUACAUAGUUUUCAUAAGUUGGAGAAAGGUAAACCUCAGGAACAAAUAAAGAAAUGUAAUGUAAAAGUACUAUUUCCUUCACUCUGACAAGAACAAGAGAUUUUGGUCCUGUAGUUUAUGUUUCUUUAUUAUUUAUCAUUUUUAAGACAUUUACACUGACAAUAAUGAUCAUUGUAACGCAACUGCUUUGACUUCAUAUAUAAGAAACUUUAUUUUAGUACAUUUUAAAAAUCAUUAAGAAGCGAAUCCUUUGUCUAGUUUGGCAAUAUACUUGCUUAUAUUUGCCACUUGCUUAUUAAUAAGUUGUUUGUGACUGAGCUGUUAAACAUAUAAAUCUGUCUUUAUCAUUUGCACACA